UCUCGGUCUGUCUCUCCCCCACUGUCUCUCCCGCGCUUGGUCGCAUGCUCUCGCGCGUGGCUCCCACUCAAUGCAUCAUCUACUUGCUCCCUCGUGAAUAAAUGCCUGCCCUUGGCCGUGAACCGUAUCGUCUUCUCUAGUGCCUCUCCCUAGACUUUGCCACUUUCGACUCGUCACCGCGCGACUACCCGAUAUGUCUGAGGAAUCCGCCGCGCAAUCCGGGACCGGCCCGGAUCGCCCGUCCAGCCACAAUGGAACCUUCGUGGAGGACGUCUCCCCCGGUGGGGUGGACGCGGAGUCGAAGAAUGCUGGUGCCAGAGAUCAGGCGCCGUCGCAGUCGCAAUCGGGCUCCAGUGUAUCUGCGGUCGCCCACAGUAGCCCGAAGAAACGUCGCAAGGUGAAUCAUGCAUGUGUCUAUUGUCGGCGCUCGCAUAUGACUUGCGACUCGGAACGUCCCUGUACGAGAUGUAUAAAGCGCAAUAUCGGUCACCUCUGCCAUGACGAACAGCGCGAACCGUCGAAGCCCGCCCGCAGUGAACCAGACCAUUCCGCCACCGAGGACGACACCGCUGCGUCUACCCGGUUCGGCAACGGCCUCCCCACCAUGUCUCGCAACGUGGACGUCUCCGAUGCUGCUGGUCAGCAGAUGCUCCCCGAGGGCAUACCUCCGGCGUCGGUCAACUCGGUGCAGCCGGGCGAAAUUCUCCCGUCGGGCAACCAAGGCCUUGUGCCCAACAACCAGUCGGUGCUUGGUUACAACGAAUGGGUUGGGAACCAGAGUCAAUUCCAGGACAUGCACUCCUUCCAUCCGUCCUACCUCUUCAACGCCCCCGAGGUCACCAACGAAUACAACCUGCUGGGGGACUUCCUGAGCAACAGCCUGCUUGACGACGGGGCCAUGUUCCCCAACGACGAUCUCCACGGCGUCUACUCCGACCCCUCGCUUAUCAACUCCGUGAACAACCUCCGCGGCGGCCAGAACGCCGCCCUCCUCCACCACGCCCAGCCGCCGCAGGUCGCCCUGAACCCGCAGUCCGCGGGCGACGGCAUCCCGGGCCCCAGCGCCACCGUCGGCAACGACAAGGCGCGCGAGACUUACUACCUGACGGCCGCGGACCCCUCGGGCUCCGACCCGCCCGAGGAGCGCAUGAACAAGCUCCUCAAAGCCAAGUACGACGCCGGCCUCUUGCGGCCCUUCAACUACGUCAAGGGGUACGCGCGCCUGAACCAGUACAUGGAGAAGCACAUGCAGCCGUCGUCGCGCCAGAAGAUCUUGCGCCAGCUCGACAAGUUCCGCCCCAAGUUUCGCGAGCGCAUGCACAGUCUCACCGAUAUUGAGCUCAUCCUCGUGGAGAUGUGGUUCGAGCGCAGUCUGAUGGAGUACGAUCGCGUCUUCGCUAGUAUGGCCAUCCCCGCCUGCUGCUGGCGCCGUACCGGCGAGAUCUUCCGUGCCAACAAGGAGAUGGCCGAAUUGAUCGGCGUCCCCAUUGGCAAUUUACGAGACGGCAAUCUCGCCAUCCACGAAAUUAUCGUCGAAGAUCAACUCGUCAGCUACUGGGAGAAAUUCGGCGCCAUUGCCUUCGACAAUACUCAAAAGGCCAUGCUCACCAGCUGUACCCUCAAGAAUCCCUCCUCCACGACGAAUUCUGCCGACGGCAUUCCCUGCUGUUUUUCUUUUACCAUCCGCAGAGACACCCACAAUAUCCCCUCCCUCAUCAUCGGGAAUUUCCUCCCCACGCAACGCAAAAACAACUGAUUCACCCUUCCCCUUUAAACCCGCGUGAUUGAUUCUAGUUCUGUGCCCGGCGCACGGGGCUCUCUUGUGUUUUGUCAUAUCUUACUAUAUUCUAUUCUGUACUGCUGUGUUUACCAUCGUCAUUCAUCUCCUUUUGUAUGUCUGGUUUGGCAGAGGCCGCUUUGCUGUAGCCCGUCAUUGAAUAGUACACUGUACAUGUUUACUACCCGGGUACCUUACCC